UAAAAAAUCUUUACACCUUGAAUAAAAAUUCUCCAGUAGGCGGCGCUGGGAACCAACUUCGGUGGACUUCGCGUGAAGCCGAACAUUUCCGAUUGAUAAGCACGUGCUUUACCGGGAAAAGUUUGUUUACAUUUUGUGAUAAGAAAAUGUUUAUCGAUUAAAAUUCAUUUUUGAGGCUUUUAGAAAAGUUUUUUAUUAUUCAUAUGUGAAAAAUUUGCAUUUACAAUGUGAAAAUGAAAUAUUUGUGAGAAAAUAAUAAAGAAAACUUACUAAAAACAGAGAGGACAAAGGAAGAAAGUUUGACAUUAAAGAUUUUUGGAGAAAAUUUGAAGGAUUUCUUGUGAUUUAUCACCUUAAUUAAGUUGAUAAACAUGAAAAGAAUUUGUCGGAAGUAUAGUUCCUUUAAAACGGAAGUUCUUCCGGGAACAAAGAAGAAAAUUUACAAGAAAAAUGUGGAGAAAACAGUACCCGUUAAGGAAGUGAAGCAACAAAAUGAAUUCCGGCAGAAUCCAGUGAAGAUUCAGAUGCUAUCAAGAUCUCUGUACAAUCAGGUCUUCAGAAAUACUCCAGAAGAAAAGCCUCCGGAUGAUUUGAUGGUCAACAAAUGGAUCUCUGAGCUUCACAAGUUUGGAAUUGACUUGGACAGCACAGAGAAGCUCCCAGAUGUGGCACUGAAGCUACCAAAGUUCAGAGGAAAAGAUUUGGAGGAGCAUUUUGAGGUGAUAGCCAGAGAGCAGAGUCAGCCGUAUAGAGAUCUCAUUGAAUCCCUGCUUGGGAAUGUACCUACGAUGCCUAAGUCCUGGUCCACUGUCCCAGGAUGGACUGCAUACGAUCCUGAAACGGGAGAACAUCGAUCUGUUCCCUUUCCCGCGGAGGAAGCUCUUGUUUUUGAUGUGGAAGUUUGCAUGAAGGCAGGAAGUAGUCCAACGUUGGCUUGUGCCGUUGGCAGGAAGUGCUGGUACUCCUGGACAAGUAGGGCACUUUGUGAAGGAUCUUCUGGGCAUGUAGAUGGGACAAAGUAUGAAGUUGAAGAUCUUAUUCCGCUUGAAUCAAAGACAGAGGAGGGAUUCUUCGCAUCUCCAGAAGCUUUCCGGACGCCUAGAAUUAUUGUGGGGCACAAUGUAUCCUUCGAUAGGGCUCGUGUGAAGGAGCAGUACUGGAUUGAGCAGACAGGGAUGCGUUUUCUGGACACAAUGUCCCUCCAUGUGUGCGUCAGUGGUGUUACGAGCUACCAGCGAGCGAUGCUGAAGAGCAGCAAGGAAUUGUCCGAUGAAGACAGCAUUUGGAGCAGUCAGAGCUCACUCAAUAGCCUGUCAGAAGUUUACAAACUCUACUGCGAUGGGGGAGAGCUGAAGAAAGAUGAGCGGGAGCUGUUUAUGGAGGGAUCAAUGGAAGAUAUUCGCAGCAAUUUCCAGGAUUUGAUGACCUACUGCGCCAGGGAUGUUGUAGCAACACACAAUGUUCUCAGCAAACUAUUCCCAAUGUUUUCCGAGAGAUUCCCUCAUCCAGCCACACUGGCUGGCAUGCUGGAGCUCGGAUCUGCUUACCUGCCCAUCAAUUCCAAUUGGAAUCGAUACAUCUCCGAAGCUAAUCUCACCUACGAGGAUCUGGACAUUGAGGCAAAACACUUGCUAGCCCGUCGAGCAGAUCAAGCUUGUAAAUUGAUGCACAAUAAAGCUUAUCAGAAAGAUUUGUGGAUGUGGGAUCAAGAUUGGAGUACGCAGGAGCUGAAGAUGAAGAAAAAACCCUCACAGAGUACUUCAAAAUCUGAGGAGGAAGAGCAAGACAAUGAGAUGACAGAGGAAGAGAUAAAGCUACGAGAGAAAUUCUCAAAUCUCUACGCAAUGAAGGAUUAUCUCCCAGCAAGGAGGCCUCUUCUUCCAGGCUACCCGGAAUGGUAUCGGAAGCUCUGUGACAAGCCCACUGUUGAAGAUUGGUCUCCAGGAGCUAAGAAUAUCGGAACAGGGAUGCAGGUGGCACCGAAACUUCUCUCCCUCUGCUGGGAAGGCUUUCCUUUGCACUUUAUCCGCGGGAAAGGAUGGGGCUUCCUCGUGCCGCACAAAAAGGAGCGCGAUGGCAGCGAAUCUGGGGAUAUUCCUCUCGAGGAGCUCGUUCAGAUGUGCCCAGUGAUUGAGAGUAUCUCAGAAGCAUCUCCACGAGAGAGUAGCGAUGCCAUGAAUGUGCUGUGGAAGGAUGUUGAGUCGUCGAUAAGUCGCAAAGAUUUCUACCGGAAGAAGAGGAAGGAUAAAACUGAAGGAGUCUACACGGGAACAGGAGUCUGGUGCAAUCAGGACAUUGAGAAUUGUUGCUGGUUCUUCAAACUCCCGCACAAAGAUGGAGUUUCACAUCGCGUUGGGAAUCCUCUGGCAAAGGAUUUCAUUAAUAAAUUCUCCGAAAAUGUUCUCUCAGGCGAUGGAGCCACAGCAAGGAGAGUCAUUGAGAUUGCAAAGAUGCUGUCGUACUGGCGGAACAAUCGUGAUCGUAUUAAUGGCCAAAUUGUCGUUUGGCUGCCGCAAGAUCAACUUCCGGAACAUUUGAGGAGCUCUGGAGGGGAUUUCGGUGCCAUUGUACCGCAAGUUGUGGUCUGUGGGACACUCACAAGACGCGCCAUGGAGCCCACAUGGAUGACAGCCAGCAAUGCCCAACCAGAUCGUGUUGGUUCUGAAUUGAGAGCAAUGGUCCAAGCGCCACCGGGAUAUCGCAUCGUGGGAGCAGAUGUUGAUUCUCAGGAACUUUGGAUUGCUUCCGUGCUGGGAGAUGCCGGUGUGGGUACGCACGGGGUGUCUCCACUCGGUUGGAUGACCCUCAACGGGACCAAAGCCACCGGAAGUGACAUGCACAGUGUCACUGCGAAAGCUGUUGGGAUCUCCCGGGAUCACGCCAAGGUGAUAAACUAUGCGAGAAUCUACGGAGCUGGACAGAACUUUGCCGAAAGGCUCCUUAAGCAAUUCAAUCCCACAAUUUCCGACGGGGAGGCCCGCUCCAAGGCACAGAAGAUGUUCCAACUGACCAAAGGGAAGAAAAACUACUACCUCAGGGAAGAAUUUCACGAGAACUUCCCGGAAAACCCCCGGAGAGGCUUCAGCAUGUAUGAAGCUAUGAAGAUGGUGGCUGCAACGAGGACGCCCAUAUCGGAGAUGUUCUAUCGCGCACGGUGGGAAGGUGGCUCUGAGAGUGCCAUGUUCAAUCGCCUGGAAGAGAUUGCUGGAACUGCAGAACCUGUCACGCCAUUCCUCCGUGGACGUCUCAGUCGUGCAUUAGAGCCAGCUGCUGGCGGCACGGAUGAUCGCUUCCUACCCACACGGGUUAACUGGGUGGUUCAGAGUGGAGCUGUGGACUUCCUUCACUUGAUGCUGGUCUCCAUGCGAUGGCUAAUGGGGCAUCAGGUGCGCUUCUGCCUCAGUUUUCACGAUGAAAUCCGCUACCUCGUGCCGCAGGAGAAUGCCUAUCGUGCAGCUCUGGCCAUGCACGUCACGAAUCUUCUCACCAGGGCCUUCUGUGUGCGUCGCAUUGGCCUCACUGACCUCCCCCAAUCAAUUGCUUUCUUUGCAUCCGUCGAAGUUGACUCUGUGCUGCGGAAGGAAGCUUCCCAAGAUUGCAAAACACCCUCAAAUCCCCAUGGGCUCAGUGGGGGCUACGGAAUCCCCCCAGGAGAGUCCCUCGACAUUCAUCAGGCUAUCACCAAAGCCCAAGGAAAUGAUCUCUCCGCGUGGGAGUGGCACAGAGAAACUCCCAAAUCUUCUAAGAAAUGAAUCAAUUUCUACCUCAAUCCCUUUUUGCCAAAAUUAAUUAAAAGUUUUAAUAUUUUUUCUACAAAAUCACAGUUUAUUUAAGCAGCAAAGAAAUAAAUUACAAAAUAAAUGAAAAGUCUUCCCAAAAAAA